AUGCGCCCAGCCUGGGCGUUGUGGCUAGGCUUUUGCCUUGGAAGCCAGGGCCAUGGAUCUGUUUGUUCCAGCUUUGCUCAGCCACUGGAGUUGGAUCAAAGCCUUGAGUGCGGCGGCCUGAACAUGCUGCAGACACGGGUCGAGACUGCGAAGGUUGCUGCCAAAGUCCAGCCCUGGGAUGUUUAUUGGUACCUUGUAGGGACCAGCCACAAGGCAGGAACGGUGCUUCUUGGCGCCGUGAUGAGGCGCAUGUUUCGUGUACUGGGUGCCACCUACUCCUGCCAAGCGAGGUUGCCGCUGGAUUAUUGGAAGCCGCCCUUGACCACGGAUGGAAUGCACAGCUGCUCGGAAAGCCCGACAGCCCAUAUUUGGCUCGACGAAGAUCUGUGCCCUGAUAGCCUCAGGAAGCUCCGGAACGUCUCCAGAAAUUCUAUGCGCGCCGUGACUGUGAUCAGGGACCCUGCCAUGAUGCUGGCUUCUGCGUACUGUUAUCAUCACAGCGGCCACGAGUACGGCAAACAGCCAGCGCCGGGCCGUCAGCCUUGGCCGUGGCCGGGCAUCAUGUCCAUGGGCCCAGCAGAGGGAAUGGCAUCACUGGCUGACGGCAUGUUUGGAGUGCUGGAAUGCAUGACUGAGUCCGUGGAGAUUGCUGGCAAUGAUACGCUGGUUCUCCGUUACGAAAACAUCGCCCGCAAUUCCGAGAACUUCGACUACGCCAUGGGGCAGAUAGCUGAUUUCUUGUUCGGAGAUCUAAUCACACAUGCAGAGCAAAGUCAGAUGCUGGAGGAAGCACAGAAGGAGGACCUCAAUCGUGUCACAGGCCCGUACAAGCAGAUUCACACCAACGACAAAAUCUGUGAGGAAGAAGCCUGGUCCGUAUUGCCAUCGCUCACGAACGUUUAUUCAAAGAUCAAGGAGUAUCAGCAGCGCCUGGGAUAUGGAUCUUCCUGA